CCGGGUCCCACCGCCCCCGGAGCGGGCCCGGUGGGGAUGGAGCCCGGAGCCCCCGCGGUGCCGCGCUGCCGCCUGGAGCCGCGGCCGCCCCUCGAGCCCGGCCCCGCCGCGCUCUGCGCCCUGGGCUGCGUCCUCGGCCUCGUCUGCGGCGGCUUCGGCUACCGCUGCUUCAAGGCCAUCAUGUUCCUCUCGGGGCUGCUGUUCGGCUCCGCCGUCAUCUUCGUGCUGUGCUACAAGGAGCGGGUCCUGGAGACGCAGCUGAGCCUGGAGGUGAGCGCGGGCAUCGCGCUGGGCAUCGGCGCGCUCUGCGGGCUGGUCACCGCGCUGGUGCGCAGCGUCGGGCUCUUCACCACCGGGCUGCUGCUGGGGCUGCUGCUGGCCACGGCCGCGCUGGUUGCCACCGCGCCGCUGCUGCAGCCGCAGAGCCCCUGGGUGCCGGCGGGCAGCCUGCUGGGGCUGGCGCUGCUCUGCGCCCUCCUGGCCCUGCACUGGCAGAAGCCGCUGACCGUGCUGGCCACGGCCGUGUUCGGCGCGGCCGUCGUGGUGGUCUGCGCCGACUACUUGGUGGAGACGCUGGCCCUGGUGCUCUACGUCUACGACCGGCUGCGGCUGGCGCCGCCGGCGCCGCUGUGCUGGUACAGCUGGGCCGUGCUGGGCGCCUGGCCCGCGCUCAGCGUCCUCGGCGUCCUGCUGCAGUGGAAGCUGACGGCCGACGGCUUCUCCCACGCCGACGUGAUCCUCAGCCGGCGCCAGAAGCGGCUGCAGCUGCUGCGCAUCCGGCAGAAGGAGGCCAAGCGCCGGCAGAGCCUGGCCCCCCCCGAGGGCACCUACCGCCGCAAACCUGCCCCCGUCAAGCGCUACGCGGGCGACGUGCUGGCCCCGAGCUACAUCCGGAGCCUGCGGGACCGGCAGCUGGAGAGCGCGACCCCCCCGGGCCCCGCCGGGCCCCCCGAUGACGACUGUGGCUCCACUGUGCCCCUCACCGCCCCCCCGCCACGCGGCCCCCCCUGAGCGGCCCCGGGGCCCCCACCAUCCGUGCCUUGGGGCGCUGCCCCCCCUUGCUGUGCCUGCCCCGUAACCAGCCCUGUUCCCUGCCCCACGGCGGGGCAGCCCUGACCCCCCCCGUGCCCCCCCGCAGUGCCUGCCUGGCCCCAGCGCCAGACGAGACCUCGUCCAAAUAAAGGCCCUCGUUUAUUUUU